CCGGGACCCCAGUCACCCACAGGCCCGGGGAUCCGCGGUCUGACCCGUGACCCGGGCCGCCUCCCGGGUGGGUCCGCGGCGUGCUUCGGAUGCGUCGCGGCUGAGUCACCCCGGGUUGGCCAGGGCCCCUCAGAGCCCCGAGCCUGGUCCCCACCCCUCUGAGGCAGGGGGCGUGCUGCUGUGCUCCAGUUGCUGGGGCCUCUUGGGAUCUCUGGAACCCCAUCUUUUAGCUCCACCCCAGAGCCCCACCUCCUCCUUAGGAGGGAAAAGGCGGCUGCCAGGCACAGGCACUGGGACCCGAGCUGGAGCACUGGGAAGACAGGUUGCUACUCCUGCUGGCGCCACCGCAGGUGGCACUCUCCCUUCCCUCCAGUCCCGACCUGCUCCUCUGCCCACACCUGCAGCUGGAUCAUGGACCCCCACGAGAUGGUCGUCAAGAACCCUUACACACAUAUCAGCAUCCCCCGGGCUCAGCUGCGGCCUGACCUGGGGCAGCAGUUACAGGAGGCCCCUUCCUCGUCAUCCUCUGAGACGCAGCCUCUGCCCACCGGGGCCUGUGCCCCAGAACCGGCCCGCCUCCUGCAGCCCACUGAGGCUCCAGAGCCGAAAGGGGCCAAGGGGGCCAAAGGAGCCAAAGGGGCCAAGGGAGCUGCCCCUGACCAGAGUCAGCUGGCCCCCCGGCACCAGCCCUGCAACCCCUACGGCAGUGGCCAGCGCCCGUCAGGACUGACCUACGCCGGCACGCCACCCGUGGGGCGCGGUGACGACAUCGCCCAUCACUGCUGCUGCUGCCCUUGCUGUUCCUGCUGCCACUGCCCAAGAUUCUGCCGCUGCCACAGCUGCUGCUGUGUCGUCUCCUAGCCUGCCCCCUCGUCCGGGACCCAGGCCUCUGCUCGGGGGCCACGGUGUGCGGCGCGUUAGGAGCAGACGUGGCCGCGGGCGCCCUCACUUCCUGACUUCCUGGCCUGGAUGGGGGCCUCUGCGCAGUGGGGAGGCUGGAGCUCAGCUGGGGGCCCUUGGACCACAGUCCCCCGGCACUGUCCAUGGUAGUGGCCACGGGGACACCCUUGAGCACAUCCUGCAAGGCCUAGGCAAUAAAGCUGGGUGAGCUUUG